AUGGUCGAUGUUGACAUUCUAGACUCGACAGGCCAUAAUGAGGCCCCUUCCGACAACAAGGAAGAGAUGAAUAUUGUCUCUGAUAUGAUUCGAUUCCGGAAAGAUCCUGUUCAGUUUAUGAAGAACCUCAAUCAGCACAUUGCCGGCUCCUCAUGGCGUGGUUAUGAUGAGUAUUUUGGUCAUCCAUUGUAUUAUCCAGAGGUCACAGAAGACGUGAUUAACCGAACUCUCCAUCAUCCAGUUCUCCAGAAGCGUAUCAAAGAUCUUGUGGAGAUCAGGAUGCAAAAGGAACAGAGCUGGAUAUUGACUGCCAACCAGCGAUUAGCGCGAAAGGAAGAGUUUACGUCUUGGAUCACGUAUAUCGCCGAGGGCCUAAUUGCUAAAGGAAUAGCUACCUAUGAUCAUAAAUCGAUUUUGAAGUUCAUGUACUUUGUUGUGGGACAAAUUUUUGCUCGUUGUUAUCAUCAAGGUGUUCAUAUAAACUCCGAAGAGGUUGCUAGAAUAAGAGCCAAGGCCAAAGAAUUACAAGCCAAAAAGCAGAGUCUUGUAUUCCUACCAUGUCAUAAGUCGCAUUUCGACUACAUGGCCAUGCAAUUCAUUUGUUUCCGUAUAGGACUAUCACUCCCUGUAGUGGUUGCCGGUGAAAACUUGAAUCUGCCCAUUCUUGGUUAUAUGCUUCAACAAGUGGGUGCAAUGUUCAUCCGUAGAGGCAACUGGUCCCAGGACUACUUGUAUCAGGGUGUCGUACAAUCAUAUCUUGAAACUAUCCUCAAAGAAGGAUAUAAUCUUCAAUGUUUUAUUGAGGGUACUAGAUCCAGAUCUGGAAAACUCCUGCCUCCUAAAUUCGGUAUUCUGAAGUAUAUUCUCGAUUCCAUUCUGAACGGACAUAUCCAAGACACGUGGAUUUGUCCUGUGUCUACCCAAUAUGACAAGGUAGUUGAAGCCAACUCCUAUGCAACUGAGCUUCUUGGAAAAGAAAAAAUCCAAGAGUCAUUAAUGGGAUUCCUGGAUUCCCGUAAAGUGCUAUCUUUACGAAUGGGCCGACUAGACGUGCGAUUCCACGAUCCUUGGUCUUUGAAAGGCUGGGUCAUUGACCAGCUUUCGUCUGACGCUGAAAUCAGAGCUCUAAGCUUCCCGUUAGAGAGACCACUGGCAAAGAACACCCAUACUAAAGUCUUGAGAUCGUUAGGUUACCGAAUUUUGGCGGAUAUUAACAAAGUAUCGGUUGUCAUGCCCACUUCUUUAGUGGGUACUAUUCUGUUGACCUGUUCAGAGAGAGGUUUGAGUAUGAAUCAACUGAGUCGAAGAAUUGACUGGCUCAUUACCAAAGUCCACGAAGCUGGUGGCAGAAUUGGUACUCUGACAACUAAUUACAAUAGCGGUAGCGAUCCUCAUUUCAAAGACCCCGAAGCUGUCAUUCUGAAUGCCCUACGAGUCUUGGGAACUGAUUUAGUCGGUGUUGAAGAAAAGGGGCUGCUGGAGACUACGUAUUAUCCAAAGGAUGCAUUCAGACUCAGCUACUACCGUAAUCAGGUUAUCCAUUUGUUUAUAUCCGAAGCGAUUGGCUCCAUUGCUAUAUUCACACAAAUCCGUCGUACUGGCAAUGUAAUAGUAUCCAAAGCGGCUGUGCACUCUCAGGUACAGUUCUUAUCGACAUUGCUAGCAGGAGAGUUUGUGUUCAAACCAGAUGGCCUGGACAAUAACAUCAAUGAUACUCUAAGCUCAUUGCACAGACAGGGCAUUCUAACUGCACAUGACGAGGCAAGUGAUAUUGUAGAGAUGUCGAAUGCCGAGAUGAUUCGUGAGGGCGAAGUGUUCGAUUUCUACUGCUAUCUAUUAUGGCCCUUUAUUGACGGCUAUUGGACAGCUUCGAUUACACUAUUUGCAUUGGCUCCCUACAAACGGGUUCCUGCCAACUUGUUUUAUAACAUGGCGCAGACCCUGGCAAAGACUCUUUACCACGAAGGCGUCAUCGCUCAUUAUGAGGCUGUGAACAAAGAGAUGUUGAAGGAUGCCUUCCAGUACUUUGAGCAACAGGGUAUUCUAAUCCGACAUGUUGAUGAGAAUCGUAAAGCCGAUGUUUCGCUCGCACAAGAGUGGAUUCCCAAGGUAGACAGUAAGGGUCAUUUCAUUCCCUCCGGAAAGCUCUACGAGUUCUCUGAAGCCAUUGCUAUGUCGCGAAACAGACCCCUUAGGCACAGUCUCAUCCCAGGCAUGACUAGCCGUGUAUUUGAACUUCUACGUGAGGUUGGCCAGAAGCUGGAAGUCGCCAAGCUAUAA